AAGAUGCCGCUUAUCCGGCGAGCCAUGCAGGCUCUCAGUUGUUGUCAAAUGCUCUCUACCUUCCGAUCCUCUUCUUAGUCGAAUCUCAAGUAAAUUUCUGCCUCUCUCACUGUUUCAGAUACGGGUGUCGGAAGCUGCCUGGAGGAGUUUCAGGGCUUGAAGUUUUCAAGACAAAGCAUUGGCGACGAAAAGUGGGGUAAGCAGAGUACAGAUAUUAUCUUUAUUACACUGUUCAGAAGGUUCAACGAAUGCUAACGUUGGCUGUAUCCACACCUAUUUGUUUCAAUUUGUAAUGGGAAUAUUUAUGCGCUACCGUUUGACGUGUGGUUUGAUUGAUGUCUGUCAUUCUGACGCAGAUGGUAUGCUAUCUGUAAGAACUACUGGUAAGCUUCAUUUUUCUCCGAGUAACUGAUUUUCUCCAAACUUUCGGUGCGAUGAGAGAGAUUGCUUACAAUACAGAAGUAAUUGAUAGAAAUUUAAAUAAAAUAGAAAAUGAGAUGAAAAUGAGGAAGAGAGAAUGAGAGAAGAAACUUUGAGGACUAGAUCUUGCUUAUUAUAAAACAAAUGAAUACAAGGCUUAAGCUUCUAUUUAUAGGGAAAUUACACGGAGAUAAGAUAAGAUAAUCUAUAGAUAAUUACAAAUUCAAAUAUCUUGAUAAUUAUCAAAUACCAUCUUAAUUUGAGUUUGAUUUGAUUUUCUCUUUAUCUCUAACAGUAAUGGGCAAUUUUGAGGCUUCAUGAUUUUCAAGAUUUCCCUGGUUUCAUUUUAUAUCAUUAAUUAUGUGUAGUUGUAAUCCCUAGGGGUUAGUUCAAGUGGUAAAGGCCUUGGGCUUGGGGGUAUGCUCCCCCUAGGUCUAAGGCUCGGAUUCCCUUAGGUGCAAACAAUUUCUAGGGGCCAUCGGAUUGAGGGAUUUUUCUCUUGAAUUAUCCAAGGUGCACUUGCGGGAAACUCCUUGCUGAGGGUUUGUGCACCCCCGAGAUUAGUCAGGACGCUGUUCUUGGACACUCGGUGCCAAUAAAAAAAAAUUAUGUCUAGUUGUCUAUUAAACUUCACUGAUCCUGUGGCUGAAAUAUUUUACUUCUUGAGAUUGAGGAAGCUAGAUUUUAUUGAAAUUAUUGUUUAUAUAUACAUAUAUAUAUAUAUGUGUGUGUGUGUGUGCGCGCGCGCGCGCGCGCAUAGUAUCCAUUUCAGUGUUGGCAGUAUUUAUUUGGCGGAGAUUGCAGGCAAAUGUGAUAAUGAGGUAUAUCACUAUCAGUUAAAUCUAAAAGAGAGUGCUUCUGCCAGAAGGCUGACUAGGCUACCUUCAAACCCAAAAAAUGGUGUGAAAUUCAGUGGGACUGAAGUAAUUCUCUCCAUGUUCGAAAGUGCUGAUGCGUUGGUGGCAGAGAUCAAUUGCUUCUUUCAAAAGAUGCUCAUGCUAAAGAUUCCUAAUGUUGCAUAUGAACUGGUAGUUGAACGUGGGGAUGCUCCUGGAUCUCAAUGUGAACAUGUUUUUCUAGCAAAUGAGUCCAAUCCAUUAUCUUUCUCAGCCUCAAAUCUUGAAUGUUUGAAGUCCAGCAUUGAAGAUUAUGUUUUGAAGCAUGGAUACAAGAAGGAGCAUCUCAAGGUUGGGAGUGGGACGGCAUAUUGCACAGAAGGCCAUCAGAAUACUGGAUGGAUGAUGGACACCGUGAUUGCCAUAAGUGAAAUAUCAGAGCCAAUCAGUAGUUGCUUCAGGACUAGCGGUGCUAAAAGUGAGGUUAUUUAUUUUAAAGAUUUUUCACCUUGCUCGGUCUCCCAGUCAUCUAUGAAGGCAUUGACUAGCAUUGACUGGAGAAGUUUUGGGUUGACCUUGAAAAGCAUUGCGAAUCAAGGUGGCUAUGCAUUUUUGGAAUGGGAAGGCUUGCCACCAAAUACUCGCAUAGAUAUCAUCCUCCAUUCUUACCAUAAGCAGGCCGUAAUGCCAUCUGCGAAGCAAAAGACUCAACUUGAUCGAAAUCUCAUAAAAAGAGCAGUGAAACUUGCAUUGGAUGAUUUGAAGGAGAAACAUGCGGGAGUUCUUCUAAGUGCUCAUGCCCUCAAGAUUCGCAGUUAUGCGCCCGAUCUCGCAAAAACAAUUGCUGGCCUAAUUUUGUCUUCCAACGACUCAGGCUUCCAGGGAGAAUGCUUUUCUCUUAUUGGUUUGCAGUGUCAGGGAGUGGGAGGUGAAAUUGUUGAAGACUGUAUAAAGAAAAAGAUUAUCUCUGUUAUAGAGAUGAAUGAUAGGAAGUCCCACGAAAGAAGCGAAGACGUUGCACCUUUUCUUUUUGAAGAUGAGUGCCUCCAGGAGCUAGAUUUCCAAGAAGAUGAAUAUGAAGAAGGAGUGGGCUUUGUGUUUCUGGCCCGUUUGUAUAUGCGUUUUAGCCAACUGGACCAGCUGAUGUUGAAGCCCAGAAUACUUUCAAUGGGUUUUUUAGAAAGUCCAGCCUGGCUACCAAUCGUAUAUUGGCAGUUGGAAAUAGAGCACGGCUAUUCUUUAUCUUAGAUUUGUCAUUAUGUCUAAGUAUACUGAUGACAUGGUUUAUGUGAAUUUUCUUGUCAAAUAUUUAAUAA